GGUGUAGUCAGGUUGCUCUCUCACAUACACACCAUCCAUUCACACAUCUACACCCGGUCUGCCAGGAGAAGCCUGAAGAUCAGAAUCAGCAUGAUUAAGAAAACAGCACCCGUGUAUUUACUAGGUUUUGCAACCCAUUAUGCUCCAGUACUGCCAGCUCAAGUCAAGCCUUACACCAAGAGCUGUGAGGAGGAACUAGACGGAUACUUCGAGGAGACCGGGAUUAAACUCAACGACACGUCCUGCAAAGAUCUGGAGAAGGAAACCCAAGACUUACUUACUCACGUUUACCAAGCGCACGUUGGACUGAACCCAAGUGUCAAGAGACACUCGGCUGAACCGACUCUGAACCGAGUGUUGCAGGAUCUCAUAUCCAAACACAGAAUCGCAUACUCUGUGAUGGCGAGGCAGCUGUUGGCACAGGCGGACGGUAUGAAGAAGGUGGACACGGUGUUACAGAGCACGUUCAGCGAUGGCGUGACGAACUGGGGGCGCAUCGCCAGCGUGUUGGCACUGGGCGCCGUGGUGUGCAAGCAGCUGACGGAGGACUGUACGAACGGGCGGCCGGAGGAGUGUGUGGACACCGUGGUAUCUCACAUGGCGUCGUACCUCACCACACACCAACGCCAAUGGUUCGUCAACAAUAACGGCUGGCAAGGGUUCGUGCAGUUCUUCCACGAGGUAGAUCCAGAGUCGGUGAUUCGGAGCACGCUCAUGGCCUUGGCAGGAUUCAGUGGGCUAGGGCUAUGUCUAAUCACGAUGCUCCGAUGAAAAAGGCCUGGCCUGAACAGACCGAACGCUGUUCCCGCCGUUUUGGACCCCACGUGGAGUGGGAGAGUGCUUGUGCGCGCCAGGUUUUUCCACCGAGUUGUUUGGAGAUGCUGGAUUCUGUAUUUUUAUUUAAUAAAAAUAUGUAUUUUUUUAUUAAAUGCCUCAGAUAAGCUCCAGAAUGUGUGCACUAAAUGUUUUAUAGGUAGAAAAGAUUUAUUAUAUUUUUUUAUAAAAAUCUGAAAUCACAUUUGAUACUUUAUAAUAAUAAUAAAUCUGCAAUAAAUCAUCAUUCAUCUGUCGUUAGGGUGGCCAGACGUCCGGCAUUAGGUCGGACAGUCCGGCUUUUCAGCCGCCUGUCCUCCAUCCACACAAUGCUAGGACGAACACUUAAAAAUCCUCCUUUAGGAGUGAACUGGUUACAUUUAUGAUCAGUAUUAUCUGUCAUUAGCUCGGGUACAUGUCAAAACAAAUGCUUUGUAUUUCAUUGGUUUAACAGCCUCAUUUGACUGCUUAUAGUGCUACCACUGGCCAAUCGUAGAAGGUCCGCCCUCUAAAUGCUAGUCUGUGAUUGGGUGGUUGAAUUUCGCCCGCCCGCUCUGGUCUGUAAACACCUCUACCUGAGUCAAUUAUUUAGCUCUCAUGCUCAGGAACGCUGUGAAAAUGCCAAAAAAUAAACUUUUGGAGGCAGCGAGAAACAGACUUAAAUAUGAAAAGUAGAUACAACAUUUAGUAAAUAAAACAGUAAUUUAUUAUAGAAUUCUUGCUUAAAUUGGUCAGAAACUCUGUUAUAUGGGUUCUGGUUUCAUUCUGUGUGUUGCAGUAGCAUGUCCCCCUGUUCCUGGUAGGAAGUCCUCCAUUUGGGUGUAAUGUCUGCCAUUUUGACUAUGAAUGUGUGAAUGUAUAUCCUUCUGUUAUAAAGUCAAGUCGUCCACUGAUUCACCUCUGGAAAUAAAGGACAGAUGUUACCAUGAA